GAGCUCGCCGUGCGGCACAGGUGGCCAAAGUGUGGGAACGAGCGAGCUUCUGCAUUUCCCACGAUAUCAAGAGUGCGGCGACUGCAAACGCGCGCGCACGUCGCACCAAUCUCCUAUAAAUACGCAGCAGAAACGCGGUACGCGUUAAUUCUGUUGUCGUUCUCGUGCUGAACUGAUCGUCGUCCUUAACUUUUCGCUCUGUCGUAAGCGUAACACGUAUUGUGUAAUAUUUAAUAAAAACAAGUGCUUCUCUUACUUGUUGAUUGUUGUUCAAUUCAUCAAGUGUUUUCCUGUUAGUGAUAUUUACAAAAAUGCUCGCUGUCGAAGAACCCCAACCAAUUUCCCGUACUUAUCAGUACCGGAAAGUAAUGAAACCGAUGUUGGAAAGGAAACGUCGGGCAAGGAUAAAUCGCUGCUUAGACGAGCUCAAAGAGUUAAUGGUGUCCGCUCUCCAGAGUGAAGGAGAAAAUGUUUCCAAAUUGGAAAAGGCUGAUAUCCUGGAACUUACCGUUCGUCAUCUUCAUAAAUUGCGACGCCAGCAACGUCUCGCCGCCAAUCCAGUAAUAGAUGCUGACCGCUUCCGUGCUGGAUUCACCCAUUGUGCUAACGAAGUGUCCAGGUGCCUCGCUUCCAUUCCUGGAGUCGAUAUUCAACUUGGUACGAAGUUAAUGACACACUUGGGCCACCGUUUGAACGAAAUGGACAAAGUUUCUCCAUUGGUUAUCCAGGUUGGUUCACCAUAUACUCCUCCAGGAAGUCCAGUACCAGAAGGAAGUGGAUCCGCAGCGACGCCGGUGAUUAGUUACGCUAUGCCAUUGACGCCAGCGUCGUCUACAUCUUCCCGUCAUGCUCCGUCGCCAAAUCAACCUGUUGAUUGUACAAUUACGGGAUUACUGAAAGUGGCUCAAAAACAAGAAGAGGUUUGGAGACCAUGGUAAAUUUUGCAAUGAGUGUUUCCUGUAAGAAACUAAUCACCGUCUUCCAUUGCGCGAAAAGUGCCUUAUUUUAAUUGUAAAGUAAAUGAUGAAAACAUUC